UGCUGUGUGAGUCUAGGGCCUGAGCGCAGUCGCACUGAGACCAGGCAGCUGGUGAUGGCGGCCGCAGCAGCAGUGGCUGCAGCGGGUCCGGGCCCAUGAGGCGGCGGCGGCGGCGGGACGGAUUUUACCCAGCGCCAGACUUCAGAGACGGGGAAGCUGAGGCCAUGGCCGGAGUUUUUGACAUCGACCUGGACCAGCCGGAGGACGCAGGCUCUGAGGAUGAGCUGGAGGAAGGGGGUCAAUUAAGUGAAAGCAUGGACCAUGGGGGAGUUGGACCAUAUGAAAUUGGCAUGGAACAUUGUGAAAAAUUUGAAAUCUCAGAAACUAGUGUGAACAAAGGGCCAGAAAAAAUAAGACCAGAAUGUUUUGAGCUACUUCGAGUACUUGGUAAAGGGGGCUAUGGAAAGGUUUUCCAAGUACGAAAAGUAACAGGAGCAACUACUGGGAAAAUAUUUGCGAUGAAGGUGCUUAAAAAGGCUAUGAUAGUAAGAAAUGCGAAAGAUACAGCUCAUACAAAAGCAGAACGAAAUAUCCUUGAGGAAGUAAAGCAUCCCUUCAUUGUGGACUUAAUUUAUGCCUUUCAGACUGGUGGAAAACUCUACCUCAUCCUGGAGUAUCUCAGUGGAGGAGAAUUAUUUAUGCAGUUAGAAAGAGAGGGAAUAUUUAUGGAAGAUACAGCUUGCUUUUACUUGGCAGAAAUCUCCAUGGCUUUGGGGCAUUUACAUCAAAAAGGGAUCAUCUACAGAGACCUGAAGCCGGAAAAUAUCAUGCUUAAUCACCAAGGUGGAGAUAACAGUAAACAAUUCUAUAGUCAUGUGAAAUUGACGGACUUUGGACUAUGCAAAGAAUCCAUUCAUGAUGGAACAGUCACACACACGUUCUGUGGAACAAUAGAAUACAUGGCUCCUGAAAUCUUGAUGAGAAGUGGCCAUAAUCGUGCUGUGGACUGGUGGAGUUUGGGGGCAUUAAUGUAUGACAUGCUGACUGGAGCACCCCCAUUUACUGGGGAGAACAGAAAGAAGACAAUUGACAAAAUCCUCAAAUGUAAACUUAAUUUGCCUCCCUACCUCACACAAGAAGCCAGAGAUCUGCUUAAAAAGCUGCUAAAAAGAAAUGCUGCUUCGCGUCUUGGAGCUGGUCCUGGGGAUGCUGGAGAAGUUCAGGCUCAUCCUUUCUUCAGACACAUUAACUGGGAAGAACUUCUGGCUCGGAAGGUGGAGCCUCCCUUUAAACCUCUUUUGCAAUCUGAAGAGGAUGUGAGCCAGUUUGAUUCAAAGUUUACACGUCAGACACCUGUUGACAGCCCAGAUGACUCAACUCUCAGUGAAAGUGCCAACCAGGUCUUUCUGGGUUUUACAUAUGUGGCUCCAUCUGUACUUGAAAGCGUGAAAGAAAAAUUUUCAUUUGAACCAAAAAUCCGAUCACCUCGAAGAUUCAUUGGCAGCCCUCGGACACCUGUCAGCCCAGUCAAAUUUUCUCCUGGGGAUUUCUGGGGAAGAGGUGCUUCAGCCAGUGCAGCAACUACUCAGACACCUGUGGAUUAUCCCAUGGAAACGAGUGGAAUAGAACAAAUGGAUGUGACGUGGUUCUUUUUUCUGCUAUCCCAAGUUGGCUUUGCAACCAUCUAUCAAAAUAAAUUAUUCAGCUGCCUUACUAGGAGUGGUGUGAGGGUAACACCUUUUCUGCUUUUCAUCUUGUAUUUAGUUUACUGUAAUAAAAUAUACUUUAUUUCAGAAUGAAUGGAUGUAAAUAGCAAUUAAAUGCAAAUCUGAAUGAACAUAAA